UGUCAUCCCUGGUCAAAAUCCCAUGGAACAAAAGAUCCAAUCUUUCUUACUUAUCCCUCUGCCCACUUUCUUUCUCCGCCACCCCUCUCUUCCCAUAACCACCCCAGCCCACCAUGCCACCACCACCUCUUUCCACUUUUUCCCUCAUUCUCCUCCUCUUCCUCCUAAGCUCCACCACCAUCUCUCAAUCCCAAGACACAGAUCCUGAAUCAGACUGCACCGACAAAUGGAUCCACAUCCGCCACCUCCCACCCCAAUUUAAUGUUGACCUCUUAAAAAACUGCUCCGAAUACCCUCUUUUCGACAACUUCUGCCCUUACCUCUCCAACCAUGGCUUAGGCCAAAAAACUCACAACAGCUCCCACAGCUGGUACAGAACAGAUCCUUUCAUGCUUGAACUCGUUUUCCACCGUCGCAUGUUAGAGUACCCUUGUCUUACCUCUGAUCCAAAUCAAGCCAAUGCCAUCUACCUCCCAUACUAUGGAGGCAUUGAUAGCUUGAAAUACCUUUAUGGUCCAGAGGUCAAUUCCAGCAUUCUACAUGGCCUAGAUUUGUAUCAGUACCUAGUACAUCAAGAUUCACCAAAUAUAUGGAAUAAAAACUUUGGUCACGACCAUUUUUUGGUCAUGGCUAGGCCGGCGUGGGACCUUAUCCAACCUUUAUCUGCUGAUCCACCAAUUUUUGGUACAUCAUUUCUUGAAUUGCCUGAAUUUUAUAAUGUCACAGUAUUGACAUUUGAGGCCAGGGCAUACCCUUGGCAAGAAAGGGCAAUUCCGUACCCCACCUCAUUUCAUCCUCCAAAUUUGGCAUUUUUUGAGUCUUGGGUUAACAGGUUGAGGAGGACUAGGAGAACUAGUUUAAUGUUGUUUGCUGGUGGGGGUGGAAUUUCGGCAAAUCCCAAUGUUAGGAGGAGUAUUAGGCUUGAAUGUGAAAAUAGUACUAGCAUGAGUGUGAAUGGUACAAGGUACACUAAAUUAUGUGAUUUUGUAGAUUGUUCAAAUGGGGUUUGUGAGCAUGAUCCGUUAAGGGUUAUGAAGCCAAUGUUGCAGGCUACUUUUUGUUUGCAGCCUCCCGGUGAUACACCAACUAGGAGGUCAACUUUUGAUGGGAUUCUUGCUGGUUGUAUACCUGUGUUUUUUGAGGAUUUGUCUUCCAAAAUGCAGUACCAAUGGCAUUUGCCUGAGGAGAAAUAUGAGGAGUUCUCUGUUUUUAUACCAAAGGAAGAGGUAGUAUAUAAAGGGUUGAGGGUUUUGGAUGUGCUGAUGAGUAUACCAAGAGCUGAAGUAAGGAGAAUGAGAGAAAAGGUUUUGGAUAUGAUGCCUAGAGUUAUGUAUAGAAAGCAUGAGAGCUCACUCGGUUUGAGGAGCAAGAAGGAUGCGAUUGAUAUUGCCAUUGAAGGCACCUUGCAGAGGAUCAAGUCCAGACUAGAGGACAUAGCUUGAUUCUUGGUGUAAUUUUAUUAGCUUCUUGUAGUUGUGGUGCUUUUUCUCGCCUCUUUCUUUGUUAUGUAUUAUUUGCCAAUGGGUAUACAUGAUUACAGAAGUUUUGUAUUAGUAAUUAUUAAAAAGGAAAAAAAAGAAGAAAAAGAAUUUGCAUACGGAUUUCCACUGAUGGAUAAAAAACUAGUUGAACAUCCCCACUCAGAUGCAUCCUCGACACAGUUCACAGCAACAUUUGGAGGUCAAGAAUUUGGACUACAUUGGUGUCCCUCUGCUAUAAAGUUUAUUGCUUUGAUUAUAGCAGAAGAGCGAGAUCAACCCUGAAGUGGUAAAAUUUGUAGCAUCCUGCUUUGUAUUAUUGAUUGUAAAAAUUUGAGAGCUUUGAAUGAUGUUUAAACAAGAAGAUCAGCUUAUGCGACA